AUGUCUAAAUAUGAGCGUGGAACCAGCCGCGAAUACGUUGCUUCAAUUUACGGCGUCGAUGUGACAUCAUUGUCAUGGAAGGACAAUAAGAUUGUUAAUCUUGUUUCAACUUACAUCGGUAUGAAACCAAUCUUGAUGAUUGGUCAAAACGAAGAUUUACCUGCAACAUCUUCCUCCAUAAAACGAGAUGCCUUACAAAACAUGCGUAUUAGCGAAGACAAGGAAUUUUUGAUUCUACAAAGGCAAAAAGGUCGCCCUGGUAGCAUGGCCGGUGUUGACAUGGUAUUGUAUCGGCGACAAAACAGAGCAGAUCACCGCAUUGAGAAAGAAAUGUCUAGAAAAAGGAAACAUCAACAAAUGUCGGAAGUGAAUCUCGAACUCGAAGACGAUUUUGGUAUGGACUAUGAAGAAGAUAUUGGUGACAGUGAGCCUGAAGUAGCGGAAACCAAUGUGAAAAAAAAUACAAAACAAACUGCUUCACCUUGUAUUAACAGGGGAAGAAAACAUUUUAUCACACCGCGAUUGCUUUCAGCACUUGAUAGCGCCAAAGUAAGCGAUGGAAAGGCGAUGCACAUUCUGAUGGCGACUGCAGAAGCAUUGGGCCAUUGCACUAGCGACUUGGUAGUCAAUCGUUCUACUCUACAUAGACUGAGGGAAGAGCAUCGCAGAAAAGAAACACAGAGGAUUCAAGAGAGUUUUAUUGACAAACUAAGUGAUACACAAGCAAUGGUCGUCCACUGGGAUGGUAAAGUAUUGCCAGAUCUAAUUGGAAAAAUAAAAGUUGAGCGAAUUGCAGUGCUUGUUAGUUAUAAUGGCGAAUCCAAAUUUCUAGGCGCUCCAAAACUUAUAUCUGCCACUGAUCGCGUAGAAGGCAUGUCUUUUGACACCACGUCCACUAAUACUGGUCCAACGUCUUGA